AGAUAUCUGCUUUCAAGAUAAUAUGAUUGAAAUGCAUCUUGAGUCUCAGACACCUCGCUUAAUUGUUAUUAAUUGUUCGGAUCCUUUUUCAUUCACUCACGAAUUUCUUAAAUCAAUGUAGCUAUUAGAGCAAAAUGGACGCUGAAAAAGAACGCUUGUCACCUGCGAUGGCUGAAAAAUCUAAGAACAAUGUUACAAACAAUAACGAGUCGUCUAAAUCCCGGCCCCAAUUAUCGUUUGGAAUAAGUCGGAUUCUGAGCGACUUUGGGGAGAAAAGUGAGAGCGUGGAUUCUGACUUGGAGUCGAACGAUGACACGUGUCCAAAGGGAGACGGUGAGAGUGAGAAACAAUCCGGGCACUGCCCACCCUUUCCUACCCAACUUUUACCGGGUGCCUUGUCAGCACCCCCUGUCGGUUACUGUGGGUAUUCCGGCCAGUUGUCCAUUCACCGACCGCAUCCCAUAAUUCCCAUGUUGACUUCCUAUGGCAUUUCCGGGUGGCUCGAUAUGCGAAGAGACAGAUUCGGUGUUACACGUAGGAUCGGGCAUCCUUACCAAAACAGGACGCCACCCAAACGUAAGAAGCCCCGGACCUCGUUCUCCCGCCUCCAGAUCAUGGAGCUGGAGAAGAGAUUCCACCGACAGAAAUACCUGGCGUCCGCCGAGAGAUCCACCCUGGCCAAGGCGCUCAAAAUGACCGACGCCCAGGUCAAAACCUGGUUCCAAAACCGCCGGACCAAAUGGAGACGACAAACGGCAGAGGAGCGUGAAGCGGAGCGACAAGCGGCCAAUCGUCUGAUGCUUAGUCUCCAGAACGAGGCUAACAAGACUAUCUAUGACGUCAGAGACCCUCUGUGUAUGAGCAACUCCUCCCUGCACGCGCUCCAAAACCUCCAGCCCUGGAUCGACGAAAACUCCCAAUGAGGCUCAAUGCUUGUGUGUUCUUGUUAAUAAUUGGUACAUGUUUAUCUAUUAUCUAAAUACAAACAUUCCUCUAUCCACAUUGUACUUUGCAGUAUGUUUCUGUUAUACGUGUAUAUACAGGAUAUGUACAGUAUAAUGUUAAUACUAAACUAUAUCAGCUAUGAAUAGCGGUACAUAUGAUAUAUUAUCAAUAUACAUAUAAAUAAUAUGAUAUAUUAUCAAUAUAAUUGUACAUAUAUAUAAACAUGAUAUAUCAUCAAUAUAAUUGUAUAUGUAUAUAAACAUAUGAUAUAUCAUCAAUGUAAUUGUACAUAUAUAUGCACUACAGUAAAGAUAGGACCACCACCGGCAGUUAAUCCCAUGAUAUGUGGGUCAUAUAUUGAACUGUGUGAAUAAAUCAGAGAUAUUGUAAACAUAUA